UUUCCCAUUCUUCUUGUUUGUCGGCCGGUCAGCCCUUCACCCCUUCCCUUCCCUUCCUCGAUCGAUGGUUCUUUUCGUUUUGUUUGUUCAAUUUUUCCUAUCUGCUUCCUGAUCUCGAGUGGAUGGCAGCAACAAAUUCAAGCAGUGCCUCGUGCUACUGUCCAAUGAGUAAAUCCACUAGCUGCACUAGAGUUGAUGUGUUUCCGAAUGUGACAUCUGAAAUGCUUUGUGAGAUGAGGAGGGAAGUUGCAAGGUGCCAAGAACUAGUGGAAAGAGGGAAGACACGUACUGUGUCUUUGCCUACUGCUCCUCCUUCAGUUUCAGGCAGUAAUAGUAAGAACAAGAGGGGGCCUGCUUCGGCAAUUUGUUAUGUACUACCGUACUAGAACCUUUGUUUCCUGCUAUUUGCCUAUGUUGGACUUGUGUUUGUUGCUGUGAACUUGUUGUAUGCAUCAGUAUUUAUCUAUAUUGUGCAAAUUUCGAUUCAACAUAUAUGGAGCAAUACCUGGGGUUUUUGAUCCAGCGUGCCGGUUCAUAUUUGAUUUCCACGCAUUUGUAAUCUGCUACCGUGAUUGGAUUCUUCAAAUGUCCGUGUGGAUGUCAUUUGGCCAUGCUUGGUGGGCUUGGUUAGUCUACUGAUGGCUGGCUGUGCACGCAAUGUUGCUGGUGAGUCAGCUAUAUUCUACUGCAUGCUGAAUCACCAAGAUGGCUGGAUAUAUGUCAAGAGGGCCCCCAAACAGUUCAGUUUAUGUGUGCAACCUGCCUCCUGGAACUGAUGAGACUAUGCUGGCUGAAUAUUUUGGCACCAUAGGGUUGCUAAAGAAGGACAAAAGGACUGGGCGUCCAAAAAUUUGGAUAUAUAGAGACAAGGUUACCAAUGAACCAAAGGGUGAUGCAACAGUUACCUAUGAGGACCCACAUGCUGCUUCAGCUGCUGUGGACUGGUUCAAUAACAAAGAUUUCCAUGGAAGUAUUAUCCAAGUUCACAUAGCUGAGUCAAAAAGUAAAGAUACAUUCGAUAGCUCCACGAACUUGGCCAUCACUGCUGACUUAGGUAGACAAGACUUGGAUAAUGGGGUUGGCAGAGGUAGAGGAUCCGGUGAUGGUCCAGGAAAGGCUUGGCAGCAAGAUGGGGAUUGGAUGUGUCCAAAUACCAGCUGUGGCAAUGUAAACUUUGCCUUUCGUGGUGUUUGUAAUCGUUGUGGAGCUGCUCGCCCUGCUGGUGUUGGUGGAGCUACUGGUGGUGGUGUUGGCAGGGGUAGAGGUCGUGGUAGCACUGAUGCAAGAGGAAGCAGCCGUGCUGGCGCUGCUGCUGCUGUUGGUGGUCCACCUGGAUUGUUUGGUCCAAAUGACUGGACAUGUCCAAUGUGUGGCAACAUAAAUUGGGCUAAGCGGCCAAAAUGUAACAUAUGUAACACUUCCAAGCCUGGUACGAAUGAAGGCGGUGUAAGGGGUGGCCGUGGUGGUGGGUACAAAGAGCUUGAUGAAGAAGAACUAGAGGAAGUUAAAAAGCGUCGGAAAGAGGCUGAGGAGGAUGAUGGAGAGAUAUAUGAUGAGUUUGGCAACCUCAAAAAGAAAUUCCGUGCUAAAGCACAGCAUACUGAAAGUGCACAGACUCUUCCUGGAUCCGGACGUGCUGGAUGGGAAGUUGAGCAGCGAGGUUCCAGUGAAAGGGAAGGCAGGGAGAGGAGCAGGGAUCGUGGUAGGGACGACUAUGACAGAGGUGAUCAUGGAAGGGAGCGGCUCCGCAGCCGGAGCAGAGACCGCGAUAGGGAAAGAGGGAGGGACAGGGGAAGAGACCAUCACCAUGAGAGUCGGGACUGUGACCGUCAUCGCCGCCACAGGUGAAGAGAGAAAUGCUAGGGCUUAUAUGUUUCUCCCUUGAGGCCGUGACCGUGACCGUGAUUGCCAAUUUUUGUAGCCGUGGUACCUGUGGUAUUGUCUUAUAGUUGCUCUAUGCUAUUUGCUGCACGCACGCAGCCGCUAGUCCGAUAACUUGCUGUUUGUAAAAUGAGCAUGGCAUUCUUCCUUCUUUUUUUUUUACAAAACCAGUUUGACAUUGACCGGGCCAAUGUUGGACCAAGGUUGAGCUCUA